AUGGCGAAGAAACUAGACAGAAUUCUCGAUCAUCGUGAUCUGGCGAAGGAGCGGAUGCUCCGGAUACGCGAGAGUUUGAAACAGGACGUCCUCAACAUUCACUGGCUCAAGCUACAACUGGAGACGCUUCGUCAGUGUAACGAUGAACUGCAGAAAACGUACAUCGAAAUCUGUGACAUUGUUCCGCGAGAGCAGCGAGAUGAACACAAGCAAAAUCACUUCCGCUGCGAGGAGCUGCAUAACGAGUUGUUUGUGUACAUCCAAACGGAAGUCGCGAAGUGGAACGCGGCAGAAGAAGAAAAACAACGAGGAAGAAUGAGUGCGUUAGCUCCUGUUUUCGUACCGCAGCAACCGGUGGCAGUGAACAACUCGAUGCCUCACUUACAGGUGCCACUGCCAACAUUCGAUGGCAGCCUUGAAAAUUGGUAUUCCUUCAAGUGUAUGUUCAAAACCAUAAUGAACAGGUACCCCCACGAAUCCCCGGCCAUCAAACUAUACCACUUGAAGAAUUCGUUGGUCGGAAGCGCUGCCGGUAAGAUAGACCAAGACGUAAUCAACAACAACGAUUACGAAUCAGCGUGGAAGAUGCUUGAGGAAACCUACGAGGACGAACGACUCAUCAUCGAUACCCAUAUAGACGCCUUACUCUCGUUGCCCAAGAUGACGAGUGAGAACGCUACUGAGUUGCGGAACUUGCUCGAUGCUUGCAUGAAACACGUUGACGCACUGAAGAACCGGUCGUUACCCGUUGAAGGACUCUCUGAGAUGAUCCUGGUCAAUGUGGUAGCGAAACGAUUGGACAAGGAAACCAGGAAGUUGUGGGAGUCGCAGAUUCCGGCUGAUGAGUUACCUUCGUACACUGAUAUGAUCGACUUCCUUCGAGACCGGAGUCGCAUACUACAGAAGAUGAAAAGCUACGAGCAGUACCCACCGGCUCCAACUAAGCAAAGAGGAAAAUCCAUUGACCAGAAGCCCACCCAAGCCAGGAAUGUUGCACAAACUUCAACGCAAUCCAACGAAGUGUGUGCAUGUUGCAACGGCGAGCAUGUGAUCUACAAGUGCGAUGUAUUCGAGAAUCUCACAGUGAGCGACCGAUACACCAAAGUGAGACAAGCUGGCCUCUGCUUCAAUUGUCUACGGCGUGGGCAUCGUACUGCAGAUUGCAACUCAGACAGGACCUGCCGAACAUGUAAGCGUAGACAUCACAGCCUUCUCCAUGAAGAAAAAUCGACGACCACACAGCCGCAGGUUAGCCAACUUGCCGUGGCAGUAGAACCAGUCGCAGAAGAAGAUCCAGAAAAUGAUGAACCAACGCAAGGAUCGGUGAAUUGUGCCCGUACGGGCAUGACGAAACAAGUGCUCCUUUCGACGGCUGAAGUACUUGUUUGCGAUGCAAGCAACAGACGGGUGCUAUGCCGUGCGCUACUGGAUUCCGGCUCCGAUGCAAACCUCAUCAGUGCGGCACUUGCGAAGAAGCUCAACAUCAUCCUACAACAUGUCAAUAUUCCGAUUAGCGGCGUCAAUAACGCCGCAACCCAAGUUAAGUAUAAACUUCGUACCAAGAUCAGCUCACGCGUUAAUUCAUUUGACGCAGUUCUAGAUUUCCUGGUCGUGCCGACGAUCACUGCUAACCUGCCCGUCACGAAGGUGGACACGCGCUCCUGGAACAUACCCGCUAACAUCGCUUUGGCGGAUCCGUCGUUCCAUGCUCCGGACGAAAUCCAGAUGAUCAUCGGUGCUGAAUUAUUUUUCGAGCUGCUCAAGGGCGGCCGCAUGAAACUCGCUGGCGGAACACCGAUGUUGGUAGAAACGCAACUUGGAUGGAUUGUAAGCGGUCCCGUCAAGGUCAACCGAACCGGUCCCGCACGUAGCGUAUGCCAGUUCAACCAUGCUGAAGAGCAACUUAACCGCACACUUGUGAGGUUCUGGGAGAUAGAGGCGUGCAACGAAGCAUCACCGUACACACCAGCGGAACAAGCCAUCGAAAAGCACUACGAACAAACAGUAUCCCGCGACGAAACGGGUCGGUAUGUUGUCAGACUACCGUUUAACGAAAACAAAGGUCAACUAGGUGACUCGUUGGAAUCGGCCCGAUCUCGAUUCAACCGACUCCUGCGAUCGUUCGUGAACGAAGAAAAAAGGAAGCGCUACUCCGAAUUCAUGGCAGAGUACCUAGCACUUGGCCAUAUGGUUGAAGUUCACGAUCAGCCCGAUGAUUGUUACUUCCUACCACAUCACGCGGUCUACAAGGAGUCAAGCUCGACUACAAAAAUCCGUGUAGUGUUCGACGCGUCGGCGAAGACCACAUCUGGUAUAUCACUGAACGAUGCUUUGGGGGUAGGACCGACAGUGCAAAACGAUCUCAUCACGAUUCUUCUUCGAUUCUGCUGCUAUCCUGUGGUACUAACCGCCGACAUUCCGAAGAUGUACCGUCAGGUGCAAGUACAUGACGACGACAGAAAGUUUCAGCGCAUCCUGUGGCUUAACUCCAACAACGAAAUAGCUGCAUUCGAACUGACAACCGUUACGUACGGUUGCGCCAGUGCCCCCUAUUUGGCAACGCGCACGUUGAUGCAGUUGGCGAAAGAUGAAGCUGCCGAGUUACCGCUUGAAUCCAGAGUCAUUGUAGAAAAUAGUUAUAUCGACGACUUCCUCACAGGAGGUAACAGUGAGCAAGAGGUGAUUGCAAUCUACGAGCAACUCACUGAGCUACUGCGACGAGGUGGCUUUGGAAUCCAUAAGUUCUGCACCAAUAGUAAAAUGGUUCGUAACAUCAUUCCAUCCGCACUUCAAGAAACACUUUUCGAUUUCGAGGAAGCCGACAUCAAUAACGUCAUCAGGACCCUUGGCGUCAUUUGGAACCCUGACGACGACUAUUUCACCUUCAACGUUAGUCCACUCCAUGGUAAGGUGACGAGCACAACGCCGACCAAGCGCAAUGUACUUUCUGCCAUUGGACAGCUUUUCGAUCCAUGUGGGUAUCUUGGUCCUGUGAUUACGACAGCAAAGCUGCUGAUGCAAGAUCUGUGGAGACUCAAAAUAGGUUGGGACGAAGCAUUGCCAAAGGAACAGUACGAUUUGUGGACCACUUUUCGGGAACAGUUGCCGAUGUUAAAUGAACUGCAAAAGAAGCGAUGUGUUAUUUCAAGUGGAGCAGAUGUUAUAGAACUUCAUGGAUUUUCGGACGCUUCCAAGCGUGCGUAUGGGGCAGUCUUGUACACAAGGUGCAUCUCCCCGGAAGGAACAGUGAAUGUCGAACUCGUGUGCAGCAAAUCAAGAGUGGCACCCUUGAAGCCAAUGACCAUCCCCCGGCUGGAAUUGUGUGGUACACUCCUUUUGGCAAGGCUAGUUGAAAAAACUGUAGCGGCGAUGAAAAUCCCCUUUUCCAAUGUGACACUUCACACUGAUUCGCAAGUUUGUUUGAGCUGGCUUGCGAAGUCACCGCUUGCUUUGAAUCAGUUCGUUGCAAACCGUGUCGCUACUGUGCACGAACUGACGCAGGACUACAACUGGCGUUAUGUGCGGUCGCAGGACAACCCGGCCGAUAUAAUUUCACGUGGUGUGCUACCAGCUGAACUGCUUACAGAGGAACAGUGGUUCAAUGGGGCUCCAACAUUGUGGCAAUCGAAUUCCCCUAACGAGAAGAUACUGUGUUUGGACGACAGCGAACUGCCAGAGUUGAAACCAACGGUGGUCGCCACUUCCGUGCAAAGAAAAUCCCAUGUAGAUUUGACACGGAUUAGCAGCUUUCGACGUCUACAACGAGUGUGGGCUUACGUGUUACGGUUCAUCGAGAACGUACGCUCGAAGCAACGUAAUACAUCUGAACUCCAAACGCAGGACAUCAAGAAGGCAACGCACACCAUCAUGAUGCUCGUGCAGAGGGAGUCAUUUCACGAGCUUUUCGACGCGCUGAAGCAAGGUAAGAAGACGUUGAAGCAGUAUCGAGGAUUGGCUCCGUUCAUCGACGAGGAAGGAUUGAUUAGGGUUGGCGGGCGUCUUAAAUAUUCGUCAAUUCCCUACGACGGCAAACAUCAGAUCUUGUUGCCUGAGAAGCACCACGUGACUGAGAUACUAGUUCGUCAGCUUCACAACGACCAUUUCCAUGUCGGUCAGCGAGGUUUACUGUCCAUCGUACGCGAAAGGUACUGGCCGAUCAAGGUAAAGGUGCUGAUCAAACGAAUCGUCUCCAAAUGCUAUGUCUGCUUCCGCCACAAUCCACCACCGGUAAACCAGUUCAUGGGCGAUCUACCAGACUAUCGGAUUACACCUUCACCUGUGUUUUCGAAUACCGGGGUUGAUUAUGCUGGACCGGUAUAUCUCAAGGAAGCAGGCAGAAAGAAAACUCUGUAUAAGGCUUACAUUGCAGUCUUUAUUUGUAUGGCCACAAAGGCCAUUCACAUCGAAGUAGUGUCCAGCUUGACAGCGGAAGGUUUCAUCGCUGCCUUACAGCGGUUCAUCAGCAGACGCGGUAUGGUUGCCAAUAUGUAUUCCGAUAAUGCAACGACGUUUGUUGGGGCUAAUCACGAGUUGGCCGAGCUGCGCCAAUUGUUCGAGGACCAGGCACACCAACGGCAACUGAACGAUUUCUGCACUUCAAAGGGGAUCCAGUGGCAUUUCAUCCCGCCACGCAGUCCUCAUUUUGGCGGUAUAUGGGAGGCUGGAGUAAAAUCUGUGAAGCACCAUUUGAAACGUGUCGUCGGUGAAACUAAACUGACCUUCGAGGAGAUGUGCACUUUCUUGACCCAAUGUGAAGCCAUCCUGAACAGUCGACCGCUGGUUCCUGUUUCAGAUGAUCCGAAUGAUAUCGAGGUCUUGACUCCAUCACAUUUCCUCAUUGGGAGACCUGCUUUGAGCGUUCCAGAACCGUCGUAUGCUGAGGAGAAGGUCGGCCGACUGAAUCGAUGGCAGCACGUGCAAUUGAUGAAGCAACACUUCUGGAGGCGCUGGUCGGGUGAGUAUUUGCAUUAUUUGCAAUCUCGACCUAAAUGGCAUAACGGAGCUGCAAACUUCGAGAUUGGUGCUGUCGUCGUGUUGAAGGAUGACAACGCUCCCCCACAUCUGUGGCGAUUGGGGCGCAUUGUCGCUACGCAUCCCGGACAGGAUGGAAUGGUGCGUGUGGUCACGGUGCGUGCAGACAACAAGGAGUUCCGUCGAGCUACAUCAAAGGUUUGCUUCCUUCCAAAGGUUGAUCCGUUGGACUCAACGGGGGGAAUAUGA